GACUAGACUAUAGACUAGAAUAUAGAUUAGAGUAUAGCCUAGACUACAGGCUUGACUACAGACUCGACUAUAGAUCCUAAAAUUUACUCUUAACAUUCUUUAGUUUAAGGCAGUUUUUAUAAAUUAUCUUUUAAAGUAAUUUCCAAACUAACCUCCAUUAUACCCUCAUAUGAAAAGCUCAGGAGCUACAUAAAUAAAACUACUUUUACCUUAAUAUCCUCUAACCCAUCCCUUCUCCCAAAAACAAGCUCUAUCGCAUGAAUCCCUCUCGCCUAAACAACACCAAAUACGCUGAUGUGGAUGUAUUAUUCUUUAAUCGUGUUGCCAAAGUAGGCAGCGAAUCACUUAUGGAACUUUUGCAGAAAAUGGAGGAGCGUAAUAACAUUAAGGUGAUAACGACCAGUCCGGUACAAAUACCAGCACGUAUUAGAACUCCAGUCCAAGAAAGUAAACAAAUCCAUUGGAUAGCUACCCUAGAGCCGGGUGCUGUCUAUAUAGAACAUUGCAAUUGGUUGAACUUUACGAAAUAUCAAUUGAGAAAACCCAUCUAUAUAAAUCUAGUACGUGAUCCCGUCGAACGUAUGAUUUCAUGGUAUUUCUAUAUAAGAGGUGCCUAUAAGAAUGCCAUUUACUAUAAUAAACAUCCAGAAGAACCGAUUAAACCGGCAGCCUGGUUUAAGAAAAAUUUCAAUCAUUGUGUACGCAGCGGUGAUCCCGAAUGUCAAUAUAUACCCUAUACCGUUAAAGAUAUCGAGGGUAAUCAUAAGCGUCAAUCAUUGUUUUUCUGUGGCAAUAAUAAGGAAUGUGUACCUUUUGAUUCACCCUAUGCUAUACAAUUGGCUAAAUAUAAUGUGGAACGUGAUUAUGCUGUAGUGGGUACCUGGGAAGAGACGAAUAUUACUUUAACCGUAUUUGAACAUUAUAUACCGCGUUUCUUUAAGGGAGCUAGAGAAGUUUUUGAAUUACACAAUGAAAAAGUACGUAAUCGGAAUCGUAAUAAUCGAAAACCCAAAAUCGAUGAUGAUGUCCGCCAAAUGAUGAGGAAGAACUUUACCAAUGAAUAUGAUUUCUAUUAUUUCUGUAAACAAAGAUUAUAUAAACAAUAUCUGGCGCUAAAUAUUGAUAAAAAGUAUCCACAUUAUUAAGGGAAAUAAUACGAAAUUCGUAGACCAUUUUAGUACAAUUUUAAUUAAAUAAAAAAAAAUUCUUUUAAAUUCUAAAAAAAAUGUGUUUUAAUUUAGAAAAAAAAUCAGAAACUCAAGCAUAUCAAUCACCAGGGUUAAGUAAUAAUUUCCGCCAUUUUUUUCCAUAUAAUAUUCCAAAUUUUAAAUUAUU